AUAUUUUCAUCAUUAAACGUCGUGUAAAUUAAAAUUCAUCCUAAUUAUAAAUAACAAACAAGUUCAUUCAAAAAGAAGAAAAUUCCACACUUCUCAAAUAAUAAAUCUGUAAAAAUUCAACCAAUUUUAACCAAUUUUCCAUACGUAAUUACAUGAUAAAAUUCAUUUUUGUUAAGUCCCAAACAACAACUGUGCAACUGUGUAAAAUAUUAUUCUUAAAGUUUGUGUUAAAUAGUGUAAAUUUCUGUAAAAAAAACAAGAAGACAACUAAUAAUAACUCCCCGACAACAAAUCCAAUAUUUUUUUUAAUAUGAUAUGAGAAAAUAAAUAAAUAAAAGCGAAGAAAUCUCAAGCAAAUGCUGUAAAUUAAUGUUUAAUGUUUUAAGCUAAAAAGUGUGUGUGGUUUCCCAACAACAACAAAAUCAAUGAAAGAAAUAAUUUGUGUAUAAAUAAUACAGUAAAUAACCACUGUGCAGAUUUUGAAACGAUCGAAAGUUUAAGAAGCACUGUAAGCGCGAGAUUGUUAAGGAACGUAAAAACGUAACGUUACGUAACGAGACCACGUUAAAUCCGCGCCCUCUCGAUCGUCCCUCGUCGUCGUCGACGGUGGUCGUCCUCUCGUUGUAUUUCUCGCAGUCUUCUUCGUUCCUCACAGUUAGCAAUACGCGCCCCUCGUCAGCUGCGACAGCUUUGAAAAGCCGUCAAAAUUGAGCUCUUAACCGCGCCCACCAUUUCCAUAUCGACGCCCUCGCCGCAACACCAUCCACAGCAGCAGCAGCAGCACCACCACCAGCAGCAGCAGCAGCAGCAGCAUCAUCAACAACAGCAGCAGCAGCAUCAUCAACAGCAGCAACAGCUCUACCAACAACAACAGCAGCAGCAACAACAUUACGGUCCAGCACCACCCUACUUUCAACACCUUCAACAACAACAACAGCAACAGCAGCAGCAGCCACACCAACAGCAGCAACAACAACACAUGAAGUUUUUGGGUGGUAACGAUGAUCGUAACGGACGCGGCGGCGUCGGCGUUGGAUCGGACGCCAUUAUAGGGUCGUCCCGGGGCGGUGGCGGUGUGUCACAGGAUGCCGCCGAUGCAGCUGGCGCCGCAGCAGCCGCUGCCGUCGGCUACGUCUUCCAGCAGCGUCCUUCGCCAGGUGGCGGAGGAGUCGGAGUGGGAGCUGGUGGCGUAGGCUCGACCUUGCACGAGGCAGCUGCCGCCGAGUACGCGGCCCACUUUGCCCAGAAGCAACAGCAAACGCGUUGGGCAUGCGGCGAUGAUGGUCACGGCAUUGAUAACCCGGAUAAAUGGAAGUACAAUCCCCCCAUGAAUCCAGCCAACGCAGCUCCAGGCGGACAGCUGCAGCCUGGGAACGGCAGCAACGGUGGACCAGGAGCCAUCGGAACCAUUGGCAUGGGCAGCGGGCUCGGAAGCAUGGGUGGUGGCAGCGGCGGAGGCGGAGGAGGUGGUGGCUCCGGCUCGAACGGCGGACUCCACCAUCCGUCAAUGGCAGCUGCAGCCGCGAACAUGGCGGCCAUGCAACAGGCUGCAGCCGUGGCCAAGCACAACCACAUGAUGUCCCAGGCAGCCGCUGCCGUAGCGGCCCAGCACCAGCAGCAACAGCCGCCGCAUCCCCAGCAGCAGCAGCAACAGAAUCAGGGACCACCGCAUCAUCUCAUGGGCGGAGGAAACGGCCUGGGCAACGGUAAUGGCCUGGGAGUCGGUCUCAGCAACCAGCAGCAUCCCGGCCAGCAGCAGCAGCAUCAACAGCAACAGCAACCCGGCGGUCAUCCCGGGCAGUACAACUCGAAUCUUCUUAGUCAUGCCGCUGCCUUGGGGCACAUACCCCCCUACGCCCAGUCGGGCAGCAUGUACGAUCACCAUGCCGGUGCCAUGCAUCCCGGCAUGAACGGAGGCAUGCCCAAGCCACCACUCGGACCGCCCGGCGGACCUCCGGACUACGUCUACAUGGGCGGACAGCCCACGGUUCCAAUGGGCGCUGCCAUGAUGCCGCCUCAGAACCAGUACAUGAACAACUCUGUGGUGGCCGCCGCCAACCGAAAUGCAGCGAUUACCACAUCCACUGCCAAGAAGUUGUGGGAGAAGUCCGAUGGAAAAGGAACAUCCAGCGCACCGGGUGGACCUCUGAAUCCACUGCAGAUACCCGGCGUCGGUGAUCCCUCGUCGGUAUGGAAGGACCACACCUGGUCCACGCAGGGCGAGAAUAUCCUGGCACCGCCCAGAUCACGCGGUUAUGCGGGACACGGUGGAGCCUCCGAUACAUCCAACAGUGGCAAUGCGGGCAUAUUGAGUCCACGCGAUUCGCAAUGCGCCAAAAUGGUUGAAUAUGUUUUGGGCGGAUCACCCACAAACAAGGAGAGCCCCUUGUCCGGCCUCGAGCCGCGGUUGCGCAACCUCAAGUUCGACGACAACGAUAAGUCACACGAUGAUAAGGAAAAGGCAAAUUCUCCGUUCGACACAAACGGGAUGAAGAAGGACGAUCAGGUCUCAAACACAAACGGUGUUGUUAAUGGCAUUGACGAUGACAAGGGUUUCAAUCGCACACCAGGCUCGCGGCAGCCUUCGCCCGCUGAAGAGACCCUGCCACGCCCCCAAAAUCUACUCGACCACUCACAGCAUGGUGGGUUUCCCCAAUUGCCGCCCCCAUUCAACCACAUGCUCAUGGACCACGGACAGGGCAUGGGCGUGGGCGGUGGAUUGGGUGGCGGAUCCGGGAUGGGGGAGUGCCGCAUCCAUGGCAACGGCGUGGGCGGCGGCGGAGGUGGUGGGGGAUAUGCGACCCACCAGCAGAUGGCGGCACAGAUGAACCAGUUGCAACCGCCGAUGAUGAACGGUGUGGGCGGUGGAAUGCCGAUGGCGGCACAGUCCCCCAUGAUGAACCAUCAAGGAGCUGGACCCAAUCACAUGGAAUCUCCCGGCAAUCUGUUGCAGCAACAAAAUUUUGAUGUUCAGCAAUUGUUCCGCUCGCAGAAUCCAGGCCUUGCAGCAGUUGCCUCAAAUGCAGCCGCCGCCGCAGCCGCGGCCGCAGCGGCCACAUCCGCAGCCAGCGCCGUCGGAGCACCGCCCGGCGCUCCCAACGGAUCGCUGCAGCAGUCGCAGCAGCAGCAAAUGCAGAUGGCCGCGGCCUCGCAACAGUUUCUGGCCGCCCAGCAGGCGCAACAGAACGCGGCAUAUGCCGCGCAACAGGCGGCCCCGUACGUCAUCAACCCGGGCCAGGAGGCGGCCCCCUACAUGGGCAUGAUAGCCGCUGCCCAGAUGCCGCAGUACUACGGCGUGGCGCCGUGGGGCAUGUAUCCGGGCAAUCUGAUACCACAGCAGGGCACACAGCCGCGCCGCCCCCUGACGCCAUCGCAGCAGGGAGCCGAGAAUCAGCCGUAUCAGGUCAUACCGGCCUUCCUCGAUCACACCGGCUCGCUCCUGAUGGGAGGACCCCGCACCGGCACCCCCAUGCGACUGGUUAGCCCCGCCCCUGUAUUGGUGCCGCCGGGCGCCGCCCGUGCCGGACCCCCGCCGCCGCAGGGUCCGCAACUGUACCAGCCGCAGCCGCAGACAGCCCAACAGAAUCUCUACUCGCAGCAGAAUGGUUCCAGUGUCGGAGGCCUCGCCCUGAACACAAACUCGUUGACGGGUCGACGGGACUCCUUCGAUCGCUCCACAUCCGCCUUUAGUCCCUCGGCCAUGGACUACACCAGCAGCGGAGUGGCGGCCGCCAACGCGGUCAACAGCACAGUGGCCCAGGCCGCGGCAGUAGCCGCUGCCGCCGCCGCGGCACGUGCCAAGUGGCCAGGAGCGAUGUCGAGCGCCGGGGCCUACGGUGCCUUGGGUGCAGCAGCCGCUGCUGCAUCGGCCAGUCCGAUCGGAGCCCCGCUGACGCCGCCUCCGUCGGCCCAGUCGUGUCUGCUGGGCAACCGGGCACCGGGAGCGGAGUCCAGACAGCGACAGCUUGCCGUGGGCCUUCCGGCCACUGCUGCGGCUGCCCAGGCGGCCGUCAACAACAUGUUCGGCUCCAACAGCUCGCUGUUUUCGAGCCACCUGGCCAUGCCGGGAACUGCCGCGGCGGCAGCGGCGGCAGCGGCAGCCAACUCGCGCCAGGUGGUCGCGGCUGCUGCGGUGGCGGCAGCUGCUGCUGGGGCGGCUGGAGCCGCAGGGGCCCCGCAGCCGGGUAGGUCCCGACUUCUGGAGGACUUCCGGAACCAGCGCUACCCGAAUCUGCAGCUCCGCGACCUGCUCAACCACAUUGUCGAGUUCUCGCAGGACCAGCACGGAUCGCGGUUCAUCCAGCAGAAGCUGGAGCGGGCCACGGCCGCCGAGAAGCAGAUGGUGUUCAGCGAAAUUCUGGGCGCUGCCUACAGCCUAAUGACAGACGUGUUCGGCAACUACGUCAUCCAAAAGUUCUUCGAGUUCGGCACGCCCGAGCAGAAGAACACCCUGGGCAUGCAGGUGAAGGGGCACGUGCUGCAGUUGGCACUGCAGAUGUACGGCUGCCGCGUGAUCCAGAAGGCCCUGGAGAGCAUCUCGCCAGAACAGCAGCAGGAGAUCGUGCACGAGCUGGACGGGCACGUGCUGAAGUGCGUGAAGGACCAGAACGGCAAUCACGUGGUGCAGAAGUGCAUCGAGUGCGUCGACCCCGUAGCCCUGCAGUUCAUCAUCAACGCUUUUAAGGGGCAGGUCUACUCGCUGAGCACACAUCCCUACGGGUGCCGCGUGAUCCAGCGCAUCCUCGAGCACUGCACAGCCGAGCAGACCACGCCCAUUCUGGACGAGCUGCACGAGAACACGGAGCAGUUGAUCCAGGACCAGUACGGCAACUACGUCAUACAGCACGUGCUAGAGCACGGCAAGCAGGAAGACAAGUCCAUACUCAUCAACAGUGUGCGCGGCAAGGUUCUUGUGCUCUCGCAGCACAAAUUCGCCUCGAACGUCGUGGAGAAGUGCGUCACACAUGCCACACGCAACGAGCGCACAGGCCUCAUCGACGAGGUGUGCACCUUCAAUGACAACGCCUUGCACGUGAUGAUGAAGGACCAGUAUGCCAACUAUGUGGUCCAGAAGAUGAUCGAUGUGUCCGAGCCGACGCAGCUGAAGAAGCUGAUGACCAAGAUACGGCCCCACAUGACCGCCUUGCGCAAGUACACCUAUGGGAAGCACAUCAACGCCAAGCUGGAGAAAUACUACAUGAAAAUAACUCCCAUAUCGGUUGCGGGAGCAGUGAGUGGUGCCGGAAGCGCAGCAGCGACCACAUCCACAUGCUCGAUUACAGCCAGCAGCGCUUCCCCUGCCACCGCAUCCUCAGCCGUUUCGCUGGACAACAGCAACAGCAGCAGCAGCACCAACUCUUCUUCGACCACCACCAGCAUCGCUUCGCCAACGAUCUGCUCAGUGCAGGAGAAUGGCAACGCCAUGAUUGUCGAACCAACAUCGCCGGCUGUGUCCGAGUCAUCGUCGCCGGUGGUGGCUGCUGUCAACAGUGGCCUUGGGCCCAUUGGACCACCCACAACCGCCAAUGGGGUCCUAUAAAGACAAGUGACGAAGAAAUCAUACGGUCGAUGUAGUCAGCAGAAACAACAUCCUCCUUCUCGAAUCGAGGUUUAGUUUUUAGUCGGGCAUCUGCCAGAGGGUGGAGAGCAAAGGAGGAGACGAGCCAAAAGCUAAAGCAUACUAUAAAUAAAUACAUAUAAAUGUAAUCUAAUUUAUUGAACAAGCAGCCGAAUCGAGCUGCAAUCAGAAGAGACCGGCCUAGAGCCCGCUUGGGCCAUCGGAGAAUUGUAAAGAGAGAACUAACUCACUCACACGUACACACGUACUCACGCACGCACGCAGGCACGCACGCAGGCGAACACGCUUCUCGAAUACGAGCGAAAGCAAACACCAGAGCGGAACACACGAUGUAGAAUGCUUCUAUAAAAACUGCAAUUUCUACUGCAACUGUUACUGCAACUGCUACUGCAACGCAACUGCGGUACGAUCACUGUGCGGUGCUCGUGCACUCGAAAAAGAAAGAAAAAAAAAGAAAGAAAACUCAAAACUAAUUUGUAUUUUUACGAACAAAAAAAAAAUAGCACAUAAAUGAACGGAAGAUUUCUUCAAGCGGAAUAUUUGUACAAUGCGGUCGCAUGUUUAAGUUUAACAAGAAAAAGAAAGAAAAACAAAGAAAUUAUUAUGAAUGUAAUUGUCAAAGAAACAAAUUGUCUGCGUACACUUUCGUUGUAACUUUGUAAAUGAAUGAUUAUAUAGCAAGCCUAUCUGUAAAUGAUUAAUGUUUCGACUGUAAAUUGAUAAGAGGACAAACCGAAGAGCCGGAAAUUGAAGGAGAUUGCGAUGUAGAGAGUAGGAGUAGAGAGAGAAAGAGAAAGAGAGCAGCAGCACGAAUAUGCGUAGAAUUUAUAAGUGCGGUCAGAGGAACCAUUUCAAAUAUACAUACAUACGUUUAUAUAACGAAUAGCAACAUAAACCACACAUAGUGUAGAAUGUAGAGUAAAUAUGUAUGUUAAUGGAGCCAGCAGCUACCAAAACAAUAUGAAACCGGAAACACACACAUACACAUACAAAUACACACACACGAACACUCGAAACACUCUCACACUUUCACACUCACACACAAUGAACGACUCUUCGACUCAUUCGCGCUGCUUUUGCACUGUGUAAAAUUUUGUACAAAAAAACCCCCAAACUACAAGCCAUGUAUCCGAUGGUAACCAUGUAAUUUUUCAAUUUGUUCACAUGUAAAAUUUAACUGUUAUGUAAAAUUCUCAUUAAUUUUAAUUGAACUAUUUUUUGUAAAUUAUGUACUUGCUGUGUAUAAAGGGAAACGAAACCGAUCACCAUAACGAUAGCGAUAGCGAACCAUGAAAAACCUACGAGACUCACACGCACAUCAUGCAUACACCAUACACACCUGUACACACCUACAUACACACGUUUAACACCCAUACACGCAUGCAUUGGAAGCAGGCUAAUACUAUUAUUAUUAUCACUUUUGUAUACAUAUGUAUGUACUUUGUAAAUUUGUUUGAUUUUAAGUCACAGUAACCACAUACUUACUAUAUUCUAUUCUAUUCUAUUCUAUUAUAUUCUACACGCAUGUAUUUAUAAUUUUAUACAUCCUACAUGGCCCCACGCACCACGCAUUAUGGUGAUGAAGAUCAAAGUCGAUGGUGUAGGUUGGUGGGCGCCAGUAGAGAGAACCCAACCCCUGUUUAGCCAAGUAAGCCCAACUGAUUACCGAAUUAUGAUUUUUUUAAUUGAAGAUGAUGAUUUCUCAGCGAUUUUUACUACUUGUAUCAGCAAAAGAAAGAGAGAUAGAAAGGGCAGAACAAAUGUACGCAAAACCUAUCAAAUAAACCAAGCGAAUGCAAAUUUGUACUUGUUCCCAUUUUUUGGCUUUCAAAAUUAUUCUUGCAAAAGUCUUUCGUUUGUCAGUCAUUGCCAGCCCACCUUACUGUAUGAUAUAGUAUGUAUUUAUACGAAUAUGUUUUAAA